AUGGGUGGAUGUAUCAAGGAUUUAGCUAAAUUAAUUGAUUCUUCUGCAAAUGCAUUACUGAUCACGACAUACUGUCGUUUAACCGGUCAGAACAAAACGGAUAUAAAGCAAUGCCUCGAUCUUCAUCAAAUAUCCCAUGAACAUUUAUCACAAGUUCUGGAUGCUUGGGGUCGUCCAUCCGCCGGCAUCUAUUCUUCAGGCCCAUUUUUUUGGCUCGGUGCAUAUGACCAGUGUCAAAGUAUAUCGAAAACAAUGACCAUAAAUCAGUCAGUAAAAUAUUGUCGCGCGAAUCUUCGCGUUGAAGCCUGUGGAAUGCAACAACAUCAGAUACCUCUCUUCUACGGAAUGUGCUUACCGGUCCGUUGUGAUGAACGUUCCGUAAGUGGAAUUUUUCCCGUGCUCUCCUUUUUUCUGGAGAAAACUUUCGGCAUUCUGAUUUCUAACAAUUCAACUGUCGAAUGCUUUAAGCAAAAGGACUCAUUUUUCAACAAACUCAGUAUUCCACAGUGGACAGUUCUUGUUAUCUUCGCUUUUCUUAUUUUAUUGGUACUGUAUGGUACUUCAAUCGAUAUGUACCGUAAACGGCGGAAUCGAAAAUAUUCAUUCAACAAAGAAUCGUCUGGAAGUUGUAGUCAUAUGACAGCACGAUUGGCUAAAAAUGUGUCAUCGAAUGUAUCCUCGAUCUGUAUGCCGUGUAUUCAGGACGACGCACGCAGUUUCAUAUACAGUGAUGCUCCUUCACAAGCCCUUACUUACAAAAGUGUACCAGCUGUGCAAAGGACAUUGAAGAAACCGAGUUUUAUCAUUAAUAGCGUAGCAGUUGGUCAUGUACAUCUGUUUUCACUGGAAUAUAUUGGUAAUGUCCGACAACUGUGGAGCUCAUUGAAAGCAAACGAGAAACUUUCUCAAAUUAUUUUCAAUUCAUCUCUUUCUGUCGACUCCUUUUUACUGAUAUCCGCUACCGUAUUGGCAUACAAAGUCCAUCUCCGUGUCAUACAGCAAAAAAAACAUCAGAGAAAACGAAUAGCAUUGUCACCGUCUGGAUGGCUUAUACUUUGGUUGCAUCGUUUUAUGCGUUUAACACCUGCCUAUCUUGCCACACUUCUUAUCAUUUAUUUCAUUUUUCAACAUAUUGGUGAUGGGCCAAUGUGGUCUCAACAGAAUGGAAUUUUCGGCGCACGAUGCAAUAAGGAUGAUAUUUGGCGGCAAUUGUUUUUCGUGAGUAAUUUUUAUCCCAAUGAAUGUAUGCCUUGGAUGUGGUACCUCGCACUGGAUACGCAAUUUUAUAUGGUAGCUCCAAUUGCUUUACUGUUGUUGCAUGCUAUACCAACAGUCGCUAUACCAUUAAUUGUCAUUGUUGUAAUAUCGUCUGUUAUUUAUCGAGCUACUGCACUGAUAUUAUUCAGAUUCCCGACAACAUUUGUCUCAGCACUUCUCGAAGAUAGCAGCCUAGAAACAGAAGAGAUGGAGAAAAUGUUUCGGUACUUAUAUGCUGUACCGCAAGCAAGAAUUGGCCCAUUUUUAAUUGGUAUCCUUCUUGGCUGGUUGCUUUCAACAAAAUCGAAAAGAACUCAUUCAACAGUUCAGAUAAACAUUGCUCGUUUUUCAUCUUUUACCACGCUCUCUUUUUCACUUUUUGGUGCAAGUUAUGCUAACAGCUUCUCUAUAUUUUCGAUUUUUUACGCUGCCACAUUCAGAGUAAUUUGGGCAUUCGGUUUGGCCUUAUUUGUUUGGCUGUGUGAACGAGGUCAUAUGCAUAUAAUACAUUCAUGUCUGGCUUGGGAUAAAUGGGUCUUUUUCUCCAGAUUAUCUUACGGAUUUUACUUAUCACAUGAACCAGUUUUGUUGUAUUUUAUAUGGACGCGACGUACAGCUAUAAUCCCAUCCUCACCUUAUUACUUUAUCAUUUUCGCAAUGGAAAUAUCUAUGUUAUCGCUGUUUGCUGCUUCUUUCAUAGCUUUUGUCAUUGAAAUCCCUCCUUUAAUCAUUGAACGUAAAAUAUUUAAAACAAUUCGUGCCCGUAUCACAUCAAAUGAAACAGACGAUAAAACGAUACAAAACGCUGUGGAACACAAAUCCAACGUUGAACUCUUCCGUCAGUGGAAGAAUGAUGAGAUUAUCGAGCUUGCUCCAAUGAUAUCACCGAUGAAUCGGACAAAGAGAUGGAUUGAGGAAAAUCAUGGGGACUUAAAAACGUCUGCACGGUCUCGUCAUGCAAUAGUUAAUCGAGUUCGUCAUCAUCAAACUACCACUUCUGCAAUGGAUAUCUUCUGUAGACAGGCCAAGAAAAGUGAUGGUAGUGUUGGAAGUGAUGCUGUUUCGACAUGCAAAAGUUUUUCGGAAGAUUCAGCAAAUGGAAAGCAAAUUUCCAAAAAUGAACCGAAAUCUUCUACUGUAAUGAUGUCAAAAACAAAGCGACAAUUUGGAAACAUCACUGGUGACACUGAGGAUAUUGUCCAUCAAACUGGUAUAAUUAUGGAGAAGCAAUACACUAAUGCUCAAAAAAUUGAUAAAUUAAUGGAGCAGAAGCAGAUGAAGCAAAGUCAUGAUAAAGAGGUCCUACUAUCAGAAAAUAUAGGCUUUUCAUGGAUCGAAGAAAUUAAAAAAAGGUUUAAUGUCGGAUGGAACACUCAUUCGCGAAUUUCUCACAAUAAAAAAAGGAUAAUGGCGGAACAUAAUGGCACAAACAAACAACAGCAACAUUUUGAUAUUCAUCUUCUUGAUGAACAGAUACCGAUGUCAAAUAAAUCAUCAAGUUCAACUAUUACUGGAGAAACUGUAAGCCAUUACUACUACAUAUAA